AUGGACCUACGCUCGGAGCUCCUCAAGUCUAUUUGGUAUGCCUUUACCGCACUGGACGUGGAGAAGAGUGGAAAGGUGUCGAAAUCCCAGCUCAAGGUCCUGUCCCAUAACCUCUGUACAGUCCUUUGUAUCCCACACGACCCGGCUGCACUGGAGGAGCACUUCAGGGACGAUGAUGAUGGGCCCGUGUCCAGCCAGGGUUACAUGCCUUACCUGAACAAGUACAUCCUCGACAAGGUGGUGGAAGGUGUUUUUGUGAAGGAGAAUGUGGACGAGUUGUGCUGGACUCUUACUGCUAAAAAGAAUUAUCAUUCUGGGAGCAAAGGCAUACUGACCACAAAAGAUGCCUUUCGCCUUUGGUGCCUGUUUAUUUUCCUAUCUGAGGACAAAUAUCCACUAGUUAUGAUACCAGAUGAGGUCGAAUAUUUACUCAAGAAACUGUGUAUGGCCAUGAGUGUGGAGUUAAACUGUGUUGAGAUGGAGGACUUCAUAUCCCAGGAUUCUGUUCAGCAGAAUGGAUUUACUGUUUGGGCAUUCCUUGAAAUGAUGAACUCUGGGAAGCUAACUCGAGGCAUUUCUAAAGAGACAAUGAGCAUGGCUAUAGAAGAAGUGUACAGGGAAAUUGUUGGUGAUGUUCUCAAGGAGGGAUAUUUGUGGAAGAAGGGUCAGUUGAGAAGGAACUGGACUGAGCGCUGGUUCACUCUGAGGCCCAGUACUCUGUGUUACUACAUAAGUGAGGACCGUAAAGACUGCAGGGGCAGCAUCGCUCUGGACGGCAACUGCUGUGUUGAGGUCCUGCCUGACAAAGAUGGGAAAAGGUGCAUGUUCUGUCUGAAGACCCUCUCCAAGUCCUAUGAGCUGAGUGCAUCAGACACGAAACAGAGGCAGGAGUGGACUUCAGCCAUCCAGACAGCCAUUCGGCUUCACGUAGAAGGGAAAACAUCGCUCCACAAGGAUCUGAAAUUGAAGCGGCGUGAGCAGCGAGAACAGCGGGAAAAGAGACGCGAGGCCAAGGAGAAGGAGCUACAGCAGCUCCUGGCCGUGCAGGAGGAGAAAGAGCGCAAACUGGCGGAGCUGGAGCUGCUGAAGGAGGCACAGCGGCAAGCUCAGGCCCUUCUGGAGCAGGACGAGUUACGAAGACGCCAGCAGCAUGAGCAGCUACAGAAAACACUGGAGCUCCAACUUAAAGAGGCAGAGGAGGCACGGGCCAGCAUGCAGGCGGAGAUGGCUCUGAAGGAGGCAGAAGCAGAACGGCAGAGGAAGAGGAUUAAGGAGCUGGAAGACAUGCAACAGCAGUUAGAGGAGGCUCUGCAGCAGGAGGUCAAAGCCAGACACGAUGAGGAGGCCUUCCGUGUAGCACAGGCUAGUUUACUGGCUGAGGAAGAGGAGAAGAUGAAGGCUCUCAUGAAUUUACAAGAAGAACAAGAAGAGUAUAUCCAGAAGACUCAGAGGGAGAAGCAGGAGCUCAAGCAGGAGAUGGAGAGUAAGUCACGGGCCCUGGAGGAGGCGCAGCGUCAACUGGAGGAGGUCCGUGCUAACCGUCACAGGGUGGACCAGGACGUAGUGGCUGCUCAGAGGAAGCUUCGACAAGCUAGCACCAAUGUCAAACACUGGAACGUUCAGAUGAACAGAUUAAUGCACCCAAUUGGACCAGGAGAGAAAAAAUCCUCUGGACUAGGCUCUUUCUCCAGUUUCCGCAUCCCCGCACAAAAAGACCCAGGUUUACGUUUAAGAAAGAGGUCUGAGGAACAAGACGAGGAGAGCAAAGAGAAUGUAGACAGCAGUGGGGGAGGGAGUGAGGCGGAGAGGCGUCUGUCCAAAGCAUCAAAUGGAGACAUGGACAUUCAGCUGGACCUGAGAGCUAUGGGGGAUGAGGCGCGAGCUACCUCAGAGACUGAGUGCCUGCAACUGGCUGAGCUGACACCAGUGCGCGGCAUGACAUCGGAAGGGCUUUUUGACGGGACGUUGCUGCCUCAGCUCGACGCAAACUCCCCGCAACUGACGGAGGACACGGUACGGGAGGGAGAACCGGUCACCCCAGAUUACAGGGGGACAUCGGACCCUCAGGAGCCAGGCUCAGGGGAAGAGUUUGAGAGCAGCGAGGCCUCGGACGUCACCGGCGCGGAGGGGGUGUCGCCCAGGAGUAACGGGUGGGACGGGAGCCGACAGAACGGAAGUGGCCGUCAGGAGGCGACGCCGGAACAGAAGGACGGAGCUCAUGUCAGUCCUGCAACACCCAACCCUUUCCCAGACCCGUUGCAGACGUCCUCUCUGUCGUUGUCCGACCAGCUGCGGCUCGGUCGCGAUGACCCCACUGGGAUGGGGCUUAACGUGGAGUGCAGGAUAUGUGGAGAUAAAGCAUCGGGGUUUCACUAUGGUGUCCACGCCUGUGAGGGCUGUAAAGGUUUUUUCAGGCGAACCAUUCGUAUGAAGCUGGAGUAUGAACGCUGCGAGCGCACCUGUAAGAUUCAGAAGAAGAGCCGCAACAAGUGCCAAUACUGCCGCUUUCAGAAGUGCCUGGCGCUAGGCAUGUCUCAUGACGCAAUCAGGUACGGACGCAUGCCCGAGGCAGAGAAAAAGAAACUAGUGGCGGGGCUACUAGCUGGAGAAAAGAGUGUGCAGAGCCCUGGAGGCUCUGACCUUAAAACGUUGGCCAAGAACGUGAACACAGCCUAUCUGAAGAACCUCAACAUGACCAAGAAGAAAGCCCGCAGCAUUUUGACUGGCAAAACCAGCUGCUCUGCGCCUUUUGUGAUCCAUGAUAUGGACUCGCUGUGGCAGGCUGAGAACGGCCUGGUGUGGAAUCAGCUAAACGGAGCUCCCCUCAACAAAGAGAUUGGUGUCCAUGUUUUUUACCGCUGUCAGUGCACCACUGUGGAGACUGUGAGAGAACUCACUGAGUUCGCUAAAAACAUCCCAGGCUUCAUUGACCUUUUCCUCAAUGACCAGGUGACCCUGUUGAAGUACGGUGUGCAUGAAGCGAUUUUUGCCAUGCUUCCGUCCCUCAUGAACAAAGAUGGGCUGCUUGUGGCCAAUGGGAAGGGCUUUGUGACGAGGGAGUUCCUGCGAAGCCUUCGCAAACCCUUCAGUGAGAUCAUGGAGCCCAAGUUUGAGUUUGCUGUCAAGUUCAACGCCCUGGAGCUGGACGACAGUGACCUUGCUCUUUUUGUGGCUGCCAUUAUCCUGUGUGGAGACCGUCCAGGCCUAAUGAAUGUGAAGCAAGUGGAGCAGAUCCAAGACAGUAUUCUCCAGGCCCUAGACCAGCACCUACAGGUCCACCAUCCCGACUCUCCUCACCUCUUCCCAAAGCUGCUGCAGAAGAUGGCCGACCUGAGGCAGCUCGUGACAGAGAACGCCCAGCUGGUACAGAUGAUCAAAAAGACGGAAUCCGAGACCUCCCUACACCCACUCCUCCAGGAGAUCUACAAGGACAUGUAUUAAUUAGAUCUCAGGAGGAAUUCGCUUCAACUGCAGAACUGAACCAGGACUUGUUCAGAACUGUCAACGAGGUCUUGGUGACACUGUGGUACACAGUGGGAUUUUUAUACAGACUGUGCAGUGAAAUUGUACUGUAUGGAAAAGGACUUUUUUUUUUAAUGGGAGGGCACUUUUAUAAGUCUUUUCUAGACAUGGAUCACUUUCACAUUAGAAUCCUCAUUUCAUCUCUCUUUCCUUCUUCCAUCAUGUCAAACGUCAAUAGCUAGAUGAAUGCCUUUUUUUUUCCAAGUUUGAGACAGUUUUUUUUUUAAUGAAAUUGUCCAUCACUGAUUGUUGAUUUUGAAAUUUCUAUUUUACAGAAUGAUUUAUUUUGGCUAACUAGACAAAGAACUAAACUGACAAAAACAGAUCAUAGAACAUGAUCUUGCAAUCUAGAGCUUGAAAGGACAUCUCCAAUGUCUGUUACAUUUUUGUUUGUGUUGUUAGCUUGGGAUUUGCAUUUACCCUUUUAACUCAGUCAGUCUCAUAGAUGUUAAAACUUUUUCUAAACCUCAUGGUGCACACUAGAACUUUCUAUACUUGUUGGCCUAAAGUCUGUUGCAAAUGGUCUAUGGAACAGUUUCUUUUUUAUUGUAAUGUACUGGUGUUAAUACAGUCUGCCUCAAAACAGGCUAGUGUUAUUGUGGGUGAAAAAUGGUUUGAUAUGUGCUGUCCAC